ACUUCCUGGACUGCCCCGGAAACCAGCAGGCGUUGGGGAGGGGUGUGGGGGGAUAGCGGCAGCAGCAGCCCCAGCCCUCAGAGAGAGACAGCAGGAAGGGAGGGAGGGAGGGAGCUGGGGGGACAAACCCCUAUCAUUCCUACCGCUAUGGGCCCAGCCUCCCACUCCCAUCUCCUCUCCACCGGCCGGGGCUAGGACUCCCCCCAGUCCCGUCGCCCCCCUGGCACCGACAUCCCGACAGAGGCAGAGGCACAACCAGCCGCCACCACCGCUGCCGCAGCCUGGCUGGGGAGGGGGCCAGACCCCCAGACCCCCCACCCCACUGAGGUGGCCAGAAUGGAGCUGUGGCCAGGGGCAUGGACAGUGCUGCUGCUGCUCUUCCUGCUGCUGCUCUUCCUGCUGCCUACCCUGUGGUUCUGCAACCCUAGUGCCAAGUACUUCUUCAAGAUGGCCUUCUACAAUGGCUGGAUCCUCUUCCUGGCUGUGCUUGCCAUCCCUGUGUGUGCCGUGCGAGGACGCAAUGUCGAGAACAUGAAGAUCUUGCGGCUGAUGCUGCUCCACAUCAAAUACCUGUAUGGAAUCCGAGUGGAGGUGCGAGGGGCCCACCACUUCCCUCCCUCACAGCCCUAUGUCGUCGUUUCCAAUCACCAGAGCUCUCUCGACCUACUUGGGAUGAUGGAGGUCCUGCCUGGCCGCUGUGUGCCUAUUGCCAAGCGUGAGCUGCUGUGGGCUGGCUCUGCUGGCCUUGCUUGCUGGCUGGCAGGAGUCAUCUUCAUCGACCGGAAGCGCACAGGGGAUGCCAUCAAUGUCAUGUCUGAGGUGGCCCAGACCCUGCUUACCCAAGAUGUGCGGGUCUGGGUUUUUCCUGAGGGAACAAGAAACCACAAUGGUUCUAUGCUGCCCUUCAAACGUGGCGCCUUCCACCUCGCAGUCCAGGCCCAGGUUCCCAUUGUCCCCAUAGUCAUGUCCUCCUACCAAGACUUCUACUGCAAGAAGGAGCGCCGCUUCAACUCGGGGAGAUGUCAGGUCCGGGUGCUGCCCCCAGUGCCCACAGAAGGGCUGACACCAGACGAUGUUCCAGCGCUGGCCGACAGAGUCCGGCACUCCAUGCUCACAGUUUUCCAGGAAAUCUCCACUGAUGGCCGGGGUGGUGGUGACUAUCUGAAGAAGCCUGGGGAGGUGGCUGAGGCCCAGCUGUGAGCUCCUGUUCGGCCUACCCUAUCUUCUUCCCCUCUCCUACCAACCCAGUGAGCCCUGGAAUAGGGCCCAGCCCUCUUCCUUGUUUCCCCUUUCCCCACCUGUUCAUCUUUUUGGAAUCUUCAGCUUCUGAAGUGAAUGUGGAUACAGCGCCGCUCUCUGCCCCUUCCCAGCCCCUACCCAUGGACUCUCUUGCCUCGGUGCAGUUUCCACUCUGACCCCACCUCCUGCCAUCUUGUCUGUGGAACAGUUGCCGCCUCCCAUCUCAAGUGGCUCAGCCUACACAAGGGUGGGGAACACUCCAUCCUGUCCCCAGCAGACACUCUUCCUUUGUGGUCUUUCCCUCCACUCCACAUUGGGCAGUGGGCUCAUCCACUCUAUGGAACAGUUCCCGUCAACCCCAAAUCCAUGGAUUCAGUGGAUUCAUUGUUUGUGAGGAGGACUCCUCACCCUGUGGCUGGAAGCUGAUACUUCCAACUGCUUCUGGAACAGUCCUCCCAGCCUCAUCCUGGGAAUACUGCUCAGCACCUCACCCCUGCCCCACGGAGCCUCCUGUCAGUGGGGGCUGGACUCUUGUAACACAGGUCUCAUUCCUGCCCAGGGUUACACACACUCCUGGACGCAUAUGGCCAGUUUGGUCUCCACAGUUUUCUCUCUGCUUCCCCUACCCUCCCCGCUGUGGGACAGUUCUUCAGUGGUCUUGGACCCACCCAACCCCCUGCAGCCUCACUGUGCCAUUCUGACCAGACACAGGGGAAGAAGCAGACUUCAGGUGCUGCACUCACUUAUGCUCCCCGGGGAGUUGGGGAAGGAACUGAACCCUGGCUGGAGGGAAUAGGAGGGCUUUUAAUUUAUUUCUCUUUCUUUUGAGGCUUUCCCUCUCCGGGCCAGUUUUCAUUUCCUUGCUGUGUGGCAUUAGCCACUCCCUGCCUCCCACCCCAGACCUGUUCCCAUAAUCGGGGAGAUGGGCUGGGAGCAAAAGGAGAGGGUGGGACAUGGUUUUGUGAUUGGUUUUUAUUAAUUACCUGGAUAACAGCAAGAAACCGAGAAUAAAGAGAGAGAGAGAUCUG